AUGUUACACUACACAAAGGUUGCACCAACACCCCAUUCUCCCGCUUUUCAUCACCCCGCCCCAUUCUCCCGCUUUCCAUCACCCCGCCCCAUUCUCCCGCUUUCCAUCACCCCGCCCCAUUCUCCCGCUUUCCAUCACUCCGCCCCAUUCUCCCGCUUUCCAUCACCCCGCCCCAUUCUCCCGCUUUCCAUCACCCCGCCCCAUUCUCCCUCCUUCCAUCACCCCGCCUCAUUCUCCCGCUUCCCAUCAUCCCGCCCCAUUCCCCCGCUUUCCAUCACCUCUCCCUCCUUCCAUCACCCCGCCCCAUUCUCCCGAAUUCCAUCACCCCACCCCAUUCUCCCGCUUUCUAUCACCCCACCCCAUUCUCUCGCUUUCCAUCACCCCGCCCUAUUCUUCUGCUUUCCAUCACCCCGCCCCAUUCUCCUGCUUUCCAUCACCCCGCCCCAUUCACCCGCUUUCCAUCAUCCGCCCCAUUCUCCUGCUUUCCAUCACCCCACUCCAUUCUCCCGCUUUCCAUCACUCCGCUUCAUUCUCCCGCUUUCAAACACCGCACCCCAUUCUCCCGUUUUCCAUCACCUCGCCCCAUUCUCCCGCUUUCCAUCACCCCGCCCCAUUCUCCCGCUUUCCAUCACUCCGCCCCAUUCUCCCGCUUUUCAUCACCCCGCCCCAUUCUCCCGCUUUCCAUCACCCCGCCCCAUUCUCCUUCCUUCCAUCACCCCGCCUCAUUCUCCCGCUUCCCAUCAUCCCGCCCCAUUCCCCCGCUUUCCAUUACCUCUCCCUCCUUCCAUCACCCCGCCCCAUUCUCCCGAAUUCCAUCACCCCACCCCAUUCUCCCGCUUUCAAUCACCCCACCCCAUUCUCUCGCUUUCCAUCACCCCGCCCCAUUCUCCCGCUUUCGAUCACCCCGCCCCAUUGUCCCGCUUUCCAUCACCCCGCCCCAUUCUCCCACUUUCCAUCACUUCAGCCUAUUCUCCUGCUUUCCAUCUCCCCGCCCCAUACUCCCGCUUUCCAUCACCCCGCUCCAUUCUCCUGCUUUCCAUCACCCCGCCCCAUUCUCCCGCUUUCUAUCGCCCCGCCCCAUUCUCCCUCCUUCCAUCACCCCGCCCCAUUCUCCCGCUUUCCAUCACCCCGCCCCAUUCUCCCCCUUUCCAUGACCCUGCCCUAUUCACCCGCUUUCCAUCACCCCGCCCCCUUCUCCCGCUUUCCAUCACCCCGCCCCAUUCUCCCGAUUUCCAUCACCCCGCCCUAUUCACCCGCUUUCCAUCACCCCUCCCCAUUCUCCCUCCUUCUAUCACCCCGCCCCAUUCUCCCGCUUUCCAUUACCCGCCCCAUUCUCCCGCUUUCCAUCACCUCGCCUUAUCUCCCACUUUCCAUCACCCCGCUCUAUUCUUCUGCUUUCCAUCACCCCGCCCCAUUCUCCUGCUUUCCAUCACCCCGCCCCAUUCACCCGCUUUCCAUCACCCGCCCCAUUCUCCUGCGUUCCAUCACCCCACUCCAUUCUCCCGCUUUCCAUCACUCUGCUUCAUUCUCCCGCUUUCCAUCACCCCGCCCCAUUCUCCUGCUUUCCAUCACCCCGCCCCAUUCUCCCUCCUUCCAUCACUCAGCCUCAUUCUCCCUCCCUCCAUCACCCCUCCCCAUUCUCCCGCUUUCCAUCACCCCGCCCCAUUCUCCCGCUUUCCAUCGCCCAGCCCCAUUCUCCCACUUUCCAUCACCCCGCCUUAUUUUCCCGCUUUCUAUCACCCCGCCCCAUUCUCAAGCUUUCCAUCACCAUGCCCCAAUCUCCCGCUUUCCAUCACCCCGCCCCAUUCUCCCUCCUUCCAUCACCCCGCCCCAUUCUCCCGCUUUCCAUCACCCCGCCCCAUUCUCCCGCUUUCCAGAACCCCUCCUCAUUCUCCCUCCUUCCAUCACCCGCCCCAUUCUCUCUCCUUCCAUCACCCCGCCCCAUUCUCCCUCCUUCCAUCACCCCGCCCCAUUCUCCCGCUUUCCAUCAGCCCACCCCAUUCUACCACUUUCCAUCACCCCGCCCCAUUCUCCCGCUUUCCAUCACCCCGCCCCAUUCUCCCGCUUUCGAUCACCCCGCCCCAUUCUCCGGCUUUCCAUCACCCCGCCCCAUUCUCCCGCUUUCCACCACUCCGCCCCAUUCUCCCGCUUUCCAUCACCCCGCCCCAUUCUCCCGCUUUCCAUCACCCCGCCCCAUUCUCCCGCUUUCCAUCACCCCGCCCCAUUCUCCUGCUUUCCAUCACCCCGCCCCAUUCUCCCGCUUUCCAUCACCACGCCCCAUUCUCCCUCCUUCCAUCACCCCGCCCCAUUCUCCCGCUUUCCAUCACCCCGCCCCAUUCUCCCUCCUUUCAUCACCCCGCCUCAUUCUACCUCCUUCCAUCACCCCGCCCCAUGCUCCCGCUUUCCACCACCCCGCCCCAUUCUCCCGCUUUUCAUCACCCGCCCCAUUCUCCCACUUUCCAUCACCCCGCCCCAUUCUCCCGCUUUCCAUCAUCCCGCCCCAUUCUCCCUCCUUCCAUCACCCCGCCCCAUUCUCCCGCUUUCCAUCAGCCCACCCCAUUCACCCGCUUUCCAUCACACCGCCCCAUUCUCCCGCUUUCCAUCACCCCGCCCCAUUCUCCCGCUUUCCAUCAUCCCGCCCCUUUCUCCCAUCACCCCGCCCCAUUCUCCCGCUUUCCAUCACCACGCCCCAUUCUCCCGCUUUCCAUCACCCCGCCCCAUUCUCCCACUUUCCAUCACUCCGCCCCAUUCUCCCGCUUUCCAUCACCCCGCCCCAUUCUCCUUCUUUCCAUCACCCCGCCCCAUUCUUCUCCUUCCAUCACCCCGCCUCAUUCUACCUCCUUCCAUCACCCCGCCCCAUUCUCCUGCUUUCCAUCACCCCGCCCCAUUCUCCCUCCUUCCAUCACUCCGCCUCAUUCUCCCUCCUUCCAUCACCCCGCCCCAUUCUCCCGCUUUCCAUCACCCCGCCCCAUUCUCCUGCUUUCCAUCACCCAGCCCCAUUCUCCCACUUUCCAUCACCCCGCCUUAUUUUCCCGCUUUCUAUCACCCCGCCCCAUUCUCACGCUUUCCAUCACCAUGCCCCAAUCUCCUGCAUUCCAUCACCCCGCCCCAUUCUCCCUCCUUCCAUCACCCCGCCCCAUUCUCCCGCUUUCCAUCACCCCGCCCCAUUCUCCCGCUUUCCAUAUCCCCGCCUCAUUCUCCCUCCUUCCAUCACCCGCCCCAUUCUCCCUCCUUCCAUCACCCCGCCCCAUUCUCCCUCCUUCAAUCACCCUGCCGUAUUCUCCCGCUUUCCAUCAGCCCACCCCAUUCUCCCAUUUUCCAUCACCCCGCCCCAUUCUCCCGCUUUCCAUCACCCCGCCCCAUUCUCCCGCUUUCGAUCACCCCGCCCCAUUCUCCCGCUUUCCAUCACCCCGCCCCAUUCUCCCGCUUUCCAUCACCCCGCCCCAUUCUCCCGCUUUCCAUCACCCCGCCCCAUUCUCCCUGUUUCCAUCACCUCGUCCCAUUCUCCCUCUUUUCAUCUCCCCGCCCCGUUUCCCGCUUUCCAUCACCCCGCCUCAUUCUCCCUCUUUCCAUCACCCCGCCCCAUUCUCCCGCCUUUCAUCACCUGCCCCAUUCCUCCCGCUUUCCAUCACCCCGCCCAAUUCUCCCGCUUUCCAUCACCCCGCCCCGUUCUCCCUCUUUCCAUCACCCCGCCCCAUUCUCCCGCUUUCCAUCACCCCGCCCCAUUCUCCCGCUUUCCAUCACCCCACCCCAUUCUCCCUCUUUCCAUCACCCCGCCCCAUUCUCCCUCUUUCCAUCACCCCGCCCCAUUCUCCCGGCUUUCAUCACCCCGCCCCAUUCUCCCGCUUUCCAUCACCCCGCCCAAUUCUCCCGCUUUCCAUCACCCCGCCCCAUUCUCCCGCCUUCCAUCACCCCGCCCCAUUCUCCCUCUUUCCAUCACCCCGCCCCAUUCUCACGCUUUCCAUCACCCUGCCCCAAUCUCCCUCUUUCCAUCACCCCGCCCCAUUCUCCCACUUUCCGACACCCCGCCCCAUUCUCCCUCUAUCCAUCACCCCGCCUUAUUCUCCCGUUUUCCAUCACCCCGCCCCAUUCUCCCGAUUUCCAUCACCCCGCCCCAUUCCCCCGCUUUCCAUCACCCCGCCCCAUUCUUCCGAUUUCCAUCACCCCGCCCCAUUCUCCUGCUUUCCAUCACCCCGCCCCAUUCUCCCACUUUCCAUCACCCUGCCCCAUUCUCACUCUUUCCAUCACCCCUACCCAUUCUCCCUCUUUCCAUCACCCCGCCCCAUUCUCCUGCUUUCUAUCUCCCCGCCCCAUUCUCCCUCUAUCCAUCACCCCGCCCCGUUCUCCCGCCUUCCAUCACCCCGCCCCAUUCCCCAUCUUUCCAUCACCCUGCCCAGUUCUCCCCCUUUCCAUCACCCCGCCCCAUUCUCCCGCCAUCCAUCACCCCGCCCCAUUCUCCCUCUUUCCAUCACCCCGCCCCAUUCUCUCGCUUUCCAUCACCCCGCCCCAUUUUCCCGAUUUCCAUCACCCCGCCCCAUUCUCCCGCUUUCCAUCACCCCGCCCCAUUCUCCCGCUUUCCAUCACCCCGCCCCAUUCUCCCGCUUUCCAUCACCCCGCCCCAUUCUCCCGCUUUCCAUCACCCCGCCCCAUUCUCCUGAUUUCCAUCACCCUGCCCCAUUCACCCGCUUUCCAUCACCCCUCCCCAUUCUCCCUCCUUCUAUCACCCCGCCCCAUUCUCCCGCUUUCGAUCGCCCCGCCCCAUUCUCCCUCCUUCCAUCACCCCGCCCCAUUCUCCCGCUUUCCAGCACCCCGCCCCAUUCUCCCGCUUUCCAUCACCCCGCCCCAUUCUCCCGCUUUCCAUCACCCCGCCCCAUUGUCCCGCUUUCCAUCACCCCGCCCCAUUCUCCUGAUUUCCAUCACCCUGCCCCAUUCACCCGCUUUCCAUCACCCCUCCCCAUUCUCCCUCCUUCUAUCACCCCGCCUCAUUCUCCCGCUUUCGAUCGCGCCGCCCUAUUCUCCCUCCUUCCAUCACCCCGCCCCAUUCUCCCGCUUUCCAUCACCCCGCCCCAUUCUCCCGCUUUCCAUCACCCCGCCCCAUUCUCCCGCUUUCCAUCACCCCGCCCCAUUCUCCCGCUUUCCAUCACCCCGCCCCAUUCUCCUGAUUUCCAUCACCCUGCCCUAUUCACCCGCUUUCCAUCACCCCUCCCCAUUCUCCCUCCUUCUAUCACCCCGCCUCAUUCUCCCGCUUUCGAUCGCCCCGCCCCAUUCUCCCUCCUUCCAUCACCCCGCCCCAUUCUCCCGCUUUCCAUCACCCCGCCCCAUUCUCCCGCUUUCCAUCACCCCGCCCCAUUCUCCCGCUUUCCAUCACCCCGCCCCAUUCUCCCGCUUUCCAUCACCCCGCCCCAUUCUCCUGAUUUCCAUCACCCUGCCCCAUUCACCCGCUUUCCAUCACCCCUCCCCAUUCUCCCUCCUUCUAUCACCCCGCCUGAUUCUCCCGCUUUCGAUCGCGCCGCCCUAUUCUCCCUCCUUCCAUCACCCCGCCCCAUUCUCCCGCUUUCCAUCACCCCGCCCCAUUCUCCUGCUUUCCCUCACCCUGCCCCAUUCACCCGCUUUCCAUCACCCCGCCCCAUUCUCCCGCUUUCCAUCACCCCGCCCCAUUCUCCCGAUUUCCAUCACCCCGCCCCAUUCACCCGCUUUCCAUCACCCCGCCCCAUUCUCCCGCUUUCUAUCACCCCGCCCCAUUCUCCCGCUUUCCAUUACCCGCCCCAUUCUCUCGCUUUCCAUCACCUUGCCCCAUCUCCCGCUUUCCAUCACCCCGCCCUAUUCUGCUGCUUUCCUUCACCCCGCCCCAUUCUCCCCCAUUCUCCCACUUUCCAUCACCCCGCCUUAUUUUCCCGCUUUCUAUCACCCCGCCCCAUUCUCAUGCUUUCCAUCACCAUGCCCCAAUCUCCCGCUUUCCAUCAGCCCACCCCAUUCUCCCAUUUUCCAUCACCCCGCCCCAUUCUCCCGCUUUCUAUCACCCCGCCCCAUUCUCCCGCUUUUGAUCACCCCGCCCCAUUCUCCCGCUUUCGAUCACCCCGCCCCAUUCUCCCGCUUUCCAUCACCCCGCCCCAUUCUCCCGCUUUCCACGACCCCGCCCCAUUCUCCCGCUUUCCAUCACCCCGCCCCAUUCUCCCUGUUUCCAUCACCUUGCCCCAUUCUCCCUCUUUCCAUCUCCCCGCCCCAUUUCCCGCUUUCCAUCACCCCGCCCCAUUCUCCCUCUUUCCAUCACCCCGCCCCAUUCUCUCGCCUUUCAUCACCUGCCCCAUUACUCCCGCUUUCCAUCACCGCGCCCGAUUCUCCCGCUUUCCAUCACCCCGCCCCGUUCUCCCUCUUUCCAUCACCCCGCCCCAUUCUCCCGCUUUCCAUCACCCCGCCCCAUUCUCUCGCUUUCCAUCACCCCACCCCAUUCUCCCUCUUUCCAUCACCCCGCCCCAUUCUCCCUCUUUCCAUCACCCCGCCCCAUUCUCCCGCCUUUCAUCACCCCGCCCCAUUCUCCCGCUUUCCAUCACCCCGCCCAAUUCUCCCGCUUUCCAUCACCCCGCCCCAUUCUCCCGCCUUCCAUCACCCCGCCCCAUUCUCCCUCUUUCCAUCACUCCGCCCCAUUCUCAGGCUUUCCAUCACCCUGCCCCAAUCUCCCUCUUUCCAUCACCCCGCCCCAUUCUCCCACUUUCCAUCACCCCGCCCCAUUCUCCCUCUAUCCAUCACCCCGCCUUAUUCUCCCGUUUUCCAUCACCCCGCCCCAUUUUCCCGAUUUCCAUCACCCCGCCCCAUUCUCCCGCUUUCCAUCAUCCCGCCCUAUUCUUCCGGUUUCCAUCACCCCGCCCCAUUCUCCUGCUUUCCAUCACCCCGCCCCAUUCUCCCGCUUUCCAUCACCCUGCCCCAUUCUCACUCUUUCCAUCACCCCUCCCCAUUCUCCCUCUUUCCAUCACCCCGCCCCAUUCUCCUGCUUUCUAUCUCCCCGCCACAUUCUCCCUCUUUCCAUCACCCCGCCCCAUUCUCCCGCCUUCCAUCACCGCGCCCCAUUCUCCUGCUUUCUAUCUCCCCGCCCCAUUCUCCCGCUUUCCAUCACCUCGCCCCAUCUCUUGCUUUCCAUCACCCUGCCCUAUUCUUCUGCUUUCCAUCACCCCGCCCCAUUCUCCAGCUUUCCAUCACCCCGCCCCAUUCACCCGCUUUCCAUCACCCGCCCCAUUCUCCUGCUUUCCAUCACCCCACUCCAUUCUCCCGCUUUCCAUCACUCCGCUUCGUUCUCCCGCUUUCAAACACCGCACCCCAUUCUCCCGUUUUCCAUCACCUCGCCCCAUUCUCCCGCUUUCCAUCACCCCGCCCCAUUCUCCCGCUUUCCAUCACUCCGCCCCGUUCUCCCGCUUUCCAUCACCCCGCCCCAUUCUCCCGCUUUCCAUCACCCCGCCCCAUUCUCCUUCCUUCCAUCACCCCGCCUCAUUCUCCCGCUUCCCAUCAUCCCGCCCCAUUCCCCCGCUUUCCAUCACCUCUCCCUCCUUCCAUCACCCCGCCCCAUUCUCCCGAAUUCCAUCACCCCACCCCAUUCUCCCGCUUUCUAUCACCCCACCCCAUUCUCUCGCUUUCCAUCACCCCGCCCCAUUCUCCCGCUUUCCAUCACCCCGCCCCAUUGUCCCGCUUUCCAUCACCCCGCCCCAUUCUCCCACUUUCCAUCACUUCAGCCUAUUCUCCCGCUUUCCAUCUCCCCGCCCCAUACUCCCGCUUUCCGUCACCCCGCUCCAUUCUCCUGCUUUCCAUCACCCCGCUCCAUUCUCCCGCUUUCGAUCGCCCCGCCCCAUUCUCCCUCCUUCCAUCACCCCGCCCCAUUCUCCCGCUUUCCAUCACCCCUCCCCAUUCUCCCCCUUUCCAUCACCCUGCCCUAUUCACCCGCUUUCCAUCACCCCGCCCCAUUCUCCCGCUUUCCAUCACCCCGCCCCAUUCUCCCGAUUUCCAUCACCCCGCCCCAUUCACCCGCUUUCCAUCACCCCUCCCCAUUCUCCCUCCUUCUAUCACCCCGCCCCAUUCUCCCGCUUUCCAUUACCCGCCCUAUUCUCCCGCUUUCCAUCACCUCGCCCCAUCUCCCGCUUUCCAACACCCCGCUCUAUUCUUCUGGUUUCCAUCACCCCGCCCCAUUCUCCUGCUUUCCAUCACCCCGCCCCAUUCACCCGCUUUCCAUCACCCGCCCCAUUCUCCUGCGUUCCAUCACCCCACUCCAUUCUCCCGCUUUCCAUCACUCCGCUUCAUUCUCCCGCUUUCCAUCACCCCGCCCCAUUCUCCUGCUUUCCAUCACCCCGCCCCAUUCUCCCUCCUUCCAUCACUCUGCCUCAUUCUCCCUCCCUCCAUCACCCCGCCCCAUUCUCCCGCUUUCCAUCACCCCGCCCCAUUCUCCCGCUUUCCAUCGCCCAGCCCCAUUCUCCCACUUUCCAUCACCCCGCCUUAUUUUCCCGCUUUCUAUCACCCCGCCCCAUUCUCACGCUUUCCAUCACCAUGCCCCAAUCUCCCGCUUUUCAUCACCCUGCCCCAUUCUCCCUCCUUCCAUCACCCCGCCCCAUUCUCCCGCUUUCCAUCACCCCGCCCCAUUCUCCCGCUUUCCAGAACCCCUCCUCAUUCUCCCUCCUUCCAUCACCCGCCCCAUUCUCCCUCCUUCCAUCACCCCGCCCCAUUCUCCCUCCUUCCAUCACCCCGCCCCAUUCUCCCGCUUUCCAUCAGCCCACCCCAUUCUACCACUUUCCAUCACCCCGCCCCAUUCUCCCGCUUUCCAUCACCCUGCCCCAUUCUCCCGCUUUCGAUCACCCCGCCCCAUUCUCCCGCUUUCCAUCACCCCGCCCCAUUCUCCCGCUUUCCAUCACCCCGCCCCAUUCUCCCACUUUCCAUCACCCCGCCCCAUUCUCCCGCUUUCCAUCACCCCGCCCCAUUCUCCCGCUUUCCAUCACCCCGCCCCAUUCUCCUGCUUUCCAUCACCCCGCCCCAUUCUCCCGCUUUCCAUCACCACGCCCCAUUCUCCCUCCUUCCAUCACCCCGCCCCAUUCUCCCGCUUUCCAUCACCCCGCCUCAUUCUACCUCCUUCCACCACCCCGCCCCAUUCUCCCGCUUUUCAUCACCCGCCCCAUUCUCCCACUUUCCAUCACCCCGCCCCAUUCUCCCGCGUUCCAUCAGCCCGCCCCAUUCUCCCUCCUUCCAUCACCUCGCCCCAUUCUCCCGCUUUCCAUCAGCCCACCCCAUUCACCCGCUUUCCAUCACACCGCCCCAUUCUCCCGCUUUCCAUCACCCCGCCCCAUUCUCCCGCUUUCCAUCACCCCGCCCCUUUCUCCCAUCACCCCGCCCCAUUCUCCCGCUUUCAAUCACCACGCCCCAUUCUCCCGCUUUCCAUCACCCCGCCCCAUUCUCCUACUUUCCAUCACUCCGCCCCAUUCUCCCGCUUUCCAUCACCCCGCCCCAUUCUCCUUCUUUCCAUCACCCCGCCCCAUUCUUCUCCUUCCAUCACCCCGCCUCAUUCUACCUCCUUCCAUCACCCCGCCCCAUUCUCCCGCUUUCCAUCACCCCGCCCCAUUGUCCCGCUUUCCAUCACCCCGCCCCAUUCUCCCACUUUCUAUCACCCCAGCCUAUUCUCCCGCUUUCCAUCUCCCCGCCCCAUUCUCCCGCUUUCCAUCACCCCGCCCCAUUCUCCCGCUUUCCAUCACCCCGCCCCAUUCUCCCGCUUUCGAUCGCCCCGCCCCAUUCUCCCUCCUUCCAUCACCCCGCCCCAUUCUCCCGCUUUCCAUCACCCCGCCCCAUUCUCCUGAUUUCCAUCACCCUGCCCCAUUCACCCGCUUUCCAUCACCCCGCCCCAUUCUCCCGCUUUCCAUCACCCCGCCCCAUUCUCCCGAUUGCCAUCACCCCGCCCCAUUCACCCGCUUUCCAUCACCCCUCCCCAUUCUCCCUCAGUCUAUCACCCUGCCCCAUUCUCCCGCUUUCCAUUACCCGCCCCAUUUUCUCGCUUUCCAUCACCUCGCCCCAUCUCCUGCUUUCCAUCACCCCGCCCUAUUCUUCUGCUUUCCAUCACCCCGCCCCAUUCUCCUGCUUUCCAUCACCCCGCCCCAUUCACCCGCUUUCCAUCACCCGACCCAUUCUCCUGCUUUCCAUCACCCCACUCCAUUCUCCCGCUUUCCAUCACUCCGCUUCAUUCUCUCGCUUUCCAUCACCCCGCCCCAUUCUCCUGCUUUCCAUAACCCCGCCCCAUUCUCCCUCCUUCCAUCACUCCGCCUCAUUCUCCCUCCUUCCAUCACCCCGCCCCAUUCUCCCGCUUUCCAUCACCUCGCCCCAUUCUCCUGCUUUCCAUCACCCAGCCCCAUUCUCCCACUUUCCAUCACCCCGCCUUAUUUUCCCGCUUUCUAUCACCCCGCCCCAUUCUCACGCUUUCCAUCACCAUGCCCCAAUCUCCCGCUUUCCAUCACCCCGCCCCAUUCUCCCUCCUUCCAUCACCCCGCCCCAUUCUCCCGCUUUCCAUCACCCCGCCCCAUUCUCCCGCUUUCCAUAACCCCGCCUCAUUCUCCCUCCUUCCAUCACCCGCCCCAUUCUCCCUCCUUCCAUCACCCCGCCCCAUUCUCCCUCCUUCCAUCACCCCGCCCCAUUCUCACGCUUUCCAUAAGCCCACCCCAUUCUCCCAUUUUCCAUCACCCCGCCCCAUUCUUCCCCUUUCCAUCACCCCGCCCCAUUCUCCCGCUUUCGAUCACCCCGCCCCAUUCUCCCGCUUUCCAUCACCCCGCCCCAUUCUCCCGCUUUCCAUCACCCCUCCCCAUUCUCCCGCUUUCCAUCACCCAGCCCCAUUCUCCCUGUUUCCAUCACCUCGCCCCAUUCUCCCUCUUUUCAUCUCCCCGCCCCAUUUCCCGCUUUCCAUCACCCCGCCCCAUUCUCCCUCUUUCCAUCACCCCGCCCCAUUCUCCCGCCUUUCAUCACCUGCCCCAUUCCUCCCGCUUUCCAUCACCCCACCCAAUUCUCCCGCUUUCCAUCACCCCGCCCCGUUCUCCCUCUUUCCAUCACCCCGCCCCAUUCUCCCGCUUUCCAUCACCCCGCCCCAUUCUCCCGCUUUCCAUCACCCCACCCCAUUCUCCCUCUUUCCAUCACCCCGCCCCAUUCUCCCUCUUUCCAUCACCCCGCCCCAUUCUCCCGGCUUUCAUCACCCCGCCCCAUUCUCCCGCUUUCCAUCACCCCGCCCAAUUCUCCCGCUUUCCAUCACCCUGCCCCAUUCUCCCGCCUUCCAUCACCCCGCCCCAUUCUCCCUCUUUCCAUCACCCCGCCCCAUUCUCACGCUUUCCAUCACCCUGCCCCAAUCUCCCUCUUUCCAUCACCCCGCCCCAUUCUCCCACUUUCCAUCACCCCGCCCCAUUCUCCCUCUAUCCAUCACCCCGCCUUAUUCUCCCGUUUUCCAUCACCCCGCCCCAUUCUCCCGAUUUCCAUCACCCCGCCCCAUUCUUCCGAUUUCCAUCACCCCGCCCCAUUCUCCUGCUUUCCAUCACCCCGCCUUAUUCUCCCGCUUUCCAUCACCCUGCCCCAUUCUCCUGCUUUCCAUCACCCCGCCCCAUUCUCCCGCUUUCCAUCACCACGCCCCAUUCUCCCUCCUUCCAUCACCCCGCCCCAUUCUCCCGCUUUCCAUCACCCCGCCCCAUUCUCCCUCCUUUCAUCACCCCGCCUCAUUCUACCUCCUUCCACCACCCCGCCCCAUUCUCCCGCUUUUCAUCACCCGCCCCAUUCUCCCACUUUCCAUCACCCCGCCCCAUUCUCCCGCGUUCCAUCACCCCGCCCCAUUCUCCCUCCUUCCAUCACCCCGCCCCAUUCUCCCGCUUUCCAUCAGCCCACCCCAUUCACCCACUUUCCAUCACACCGCCCCAAUCUCCCGCUUUCCAUCACCCCGCCCCAUUCUCCCGCUUUCCAUCACCCCGCCCCUUUCUCCCAUCACCCCGCCCCAUUCUCCCGCUUUCAAUCACCACGCCCCAUUCUCCCGCUUUCCAUCACCCCGCCCCAUUCUCCUACUUUCCAUCACUCCGCCCCAUUCUCCCGCUUUCCAUCACCCCGCCCCAUUCUCUUUCUUUCCAUCACCCCGCCCCAUUCUUCUCCUUCCAUCACCCCGCCUCAUUCUACCUCCUUCCAUCACCCCGCCCCAUUCUCCCGCUUUCCAUCACCCCGCCCCAUUGUCCCGUCUAUCACCCUGCCCCAUUCUCCCGCUUUCCAUUACCCGCCCCAUUCUCUCGCUUUCCAUCACCUCGCCCCAUCUCCUGCUUUCCAUCACCCCGCCCUAUUCUUCUGCUUUCCAUCACCCCGCCCCAUUCUCCUGCUUUCCAUCACCCCGCCCCAUUCACCCGCUUUCCAUCACCCGACCCAUUCUCCUGCUUUCCAUCACCCCGCCCCAUUCUCCCUCCUUCCAUCACUCCGCCUCAUUCUCCCUCCUUCCAUCACCCCGCCCCAUUCUCCCGCUUUCCAUCACCCCGCCCCAUUCUCCUGCUUUCCAUCACCCAGCCCCAUUCUCCCACUUUCCAUCACCCCGCCUUAUUUUCCCGCUUUCUAUCACCCCGCCCCAUUCUCACGCUUUCCAUCACCAUGCCCCAAUCUCCCGCUUUCCAUCACCCCGCCCCAUUCUCCCUCCUUCCAUCACCCCGCCCCAUUCUCCCGCUUUCCAUCACCCCGCCCCAUUCUCCCGCUUUCCAUAACCCCGCCUCAUUCUCCCUCCUUCCAUCACCCGCCCCAUUCUCCCUCCUUCCAUCACCCCGCCCCAUUCUCCCUCCUUCCAUCACCCCGCCCCAUUCUCACGCUUUCCAUAAGCCCACCCCAUUCUCCCAUUUUCCAUCACCCCGCCCCAUUCUUCCCCUUUCCAUCACCCCGCCCCAUUCUCCCGCUUUCGAUCACCCCGCCCCAUUCUCCCGCUUUCCAUCACCCCGCCCCAUUCUCCCGCUUUCCAUCACCCAGCCCCAUUCUCCCUGUUUCCAUCACCUCGCCCCAUUCUCCCUCUUUUCAUCUCCCCGCCCCAUUUCCCGCUUUCCAUCACCCCGCCCCAUUCUCCCUCUUUCCAUCACCCCGCCCCAUUCUCCCGCCUUUCAUCACCUGCCCCAUUCCUCCCGCUUUCCAUCACCCCACCCAAUUCUCCCGCUUUCCAUCACCCCGCCCCGUUCUCCCUCUUUCCAUCACCCCGCCCCAUUCUCCCGCUUUCCAUCACCCCGCCCCAUUCUCCCGCUUUCCAUCACCCCACCCCAUUCUCCCUCUUUCCAUCACCCCGCCCCAUUCUCCCUCUUUCCAUCACCCCGCCCCAUUCUCCCGGCUUUCAUCACCCCGCCCCAUUCUCCCGCUUUCCAUCACCCCGCCCAAUUCUCCCGCUUUCCAUCACCCCGCCCCAUUCUCCCGCCUUCCAUCACCCCGCCCCAUUCUCCCUCUUUCCAUCACCCCGCCCCAUUCUCACGCUUUCCAUCACCCUGCCCCAAUCUCCCUCUUUCCAUCACCCCGCCCCAUUCUCCCACUUUCCAUCACCCCGCCCCAUUCUCCCUCUAUCCAUCACCCCGCCUUAUUCUCCCGUUUUCCACCACCCCGCCCCAUUCUCCCGAUUUCCAUCACCCCGCCCCAUUCUUCCGAUUUCCAUCACCCCGCCCCAUUCUCCUGCUUUCCAUCACCCCGCCCCAUUCUCCCGCUUUCCAUCACCCUGCCCCAUUCUCACUCUUUCCAUCACCCCUCCCCAUUCUCCCUCUUUCCAUCACCCCGCCCCAUUCUCUUGCUUUCUAUCUCCCCGCCCCAUUCUCCCUCUUUCCAUCACCCCGCCCCAUUCUCUCGCCUUCCAUCACCCCGCCCCAUUCUCCAUCUUUCCAUCACCCUGCCCAGGUCUCCCCCUUUCCAUCACCCCGCCCCAUUCUCCCGCCAUCCAUCACCCCGCCCCAUUCUCCCACUUUCCAUCACCCCGCCCCAUUCUCUCGCUUUCCAUCACCCCGCCCCAUUUUCCCGAUUUCCAUCACCCCGCCCCAUUCUCCCUCCUUCCAUCAACCCGCCCCAUUCUCCCGCUUUCCAUCAGCCCGCCCCAUUCUCCCGCUUUCCAUCACCCCGCCCCUUUCUCCCGCUUUCCAUCUCCCUGCCCCAUUCUCCCGCUUUCCAUCACCCCGCCCCAUUCUCCCGCUUUCCAACACCCAGCCCCAUUCUCCCGCUUUCUGUCACCCCGCCCUAUUUUCCCGCUUUCCAUCACCCCGUCCCAUUCUCCCGCUUUCCAUCACCCUGCCCCAAUCUCCCGCUUUCCAUCACCCCACCCCAUUUUCCCUCCUUCCAUCACCCCGCCCCAUUCUCCCGCUUUCUAUCACCCCGCCCCAUUCUCCCGCUUUCCAUCACCCACCCUCAUUCUCCCGCUUUCCAUCACCCCGCCCCAUUCACCCGCUUUCCAUCACCCCGCCCCAUUCUCCCGCUUUCCAUCACCCCGCCCCAUUCUCCCUCCUUCCAUCUCCCCGCCCCAUUCUCCUGCUUUCCAUCACCCCGUCCCAUUCUCCCUCCUUCCAUCACCCCGCCCCAUUCUCCCUCCUUCCAUCACCCCGCCCCAUUCUCCUGCUUUUCAUCAGCCCGCCCCAUUCUCCCGCUUCCCAUAACACCACCCCCUUCUCCCGCUUUCGAUCACCCCGCCACAUUCUCCCGCUUUCUAUCACCCCGCCCCAUUCUCCCUCCUUCCAUCACCCCGCCCCAUUCUUCCGCUUUCCAUCAUCCCGCCCCAUUCUCCCUCCUUCCAUCACCCCGCCCCAUUCUCCCGCUUUCCAUCAUCCCGCCCCAUUCUCCCUCCUUCCAUCACCCCGCCCCAUUCUCCCGCUUUUCAUCACUCCGCCCCAUUCUCCCUCCUUCCAUCACCCCGCCCCAUUUUCCCUCCUUCCAUCACCCCGCCCCAUUCUCCGCUUUCCAUCACCCCGCCCCCUUCUCCCGCUUCCCAUAACCCCACCCUAUUCUCCCGCUUUCCAUCACCCCGCCACAUUCUCCCACUUUCCAUCACCCCGCCCCCUUCUCUCUCCCUCCAUCACCCCGCCCCGUUCUCCCUCCUUCCAUCACCCCGCCCCAUUCUCCCGCUUUCCGUCAGCCCGCCCCAUUCUCCCGCUUUCCAUCACCCCUCCCGUUUCUCCCACUUUCCAUCUCCCCGCCCCAUUCUCCCGCUUUCCAUCACCCCGCCCCAUUCUUCCGCUUUCCAUCAACCCGCCCCAUUCUUAUGCUUCCCAUCAUCCCGCCCCAUUCCCCCGCUUUCCAUCACCCCUCCUUAUUCUCCCUCCUUCCAUCACCCGGAUGGAAUUUGGGAGAAGGGGAUGGAAUCUGGAGAAGGGGAUGGAAUCUGGGAGAAGGGGAUGGAAUCUGGGAGAAGGGGAUGGAAUCUAG